AUGACACAAGAUAAAAGACAAAAAUUAUAUGAAUGGUUACUUCGAUGUUGUCUUGAAAUAUGUGAAAUUCCUUUAUUAAUAUUUGUUACUGAUGCUGAUCCUGCAAUAAUUGCAACCAUUUCUAUAGUAUUUUCAGAGACUCAUCAUAUGCAAUGUUUAUACCAUCUCUAUCAAAAUCUUUCAAAAAACCUUCAUUCAUGUUUAGGAUCAUUACUUUAUCAGGAAUUCCUUAAAGAUUUUAAAGGAAUUCAACACUCUUAUUGUGAAAAUUUAAUUUACAAUGCAUAUUAUAAACAAAUGUGUCAAUCUGUAUGCUAUCGUACAUAUCAAGUACAAUUUUCUGAAAUUCCAGUAUCAGAUGAUGGUUCAUUUGAACCUUUCUUUGAUAAAGUAGAAGAUUCUACUAAAUCUCUUAUUGAAGCUGACGAGGAUUAG